AUGUCCACAGCGUACCGAAGGCACACCUCUGCAACAGAGGGUCUCUUUCUCUUGCAGUUCCUGACAGAGCUUACCAGACUCUUUCAGAAGUGCAGAACUUCGGGGAGCGUUUUCAUAACGCUGAAGAAAUAUGAUGGCAGAACAAAGCCAGUCCCACGCAAAGGCCACGCAGAAAGUUUUGAACCAGCAGACAAUAAGUGUCUUCUAAGGGCAACUGAUGGAAAGAAGAAAAUUAGCACAGUGGUGAGCUCAAAAGAAGUAAAUAAAUUCCAGAUGGCAUAUUCAAAUUUGCUGAGAGCUAACAUGGAUGGCUUGAAGAAAAAAGACAAGAAAAGCAAAAACAAGAAGAGUAAAGCAACACAGUGACGGAACAGUGUCCUGCCAUCACUAUAACAGACUUGACCCUUGCUCAAAGCAAAGUCCAUUUCUUUUUGAGUUACCACUUGUCUUUGGCUUUCCUUCCAGCAGGAUACUGGGAUGUGAUCAGUACUUUUGUUUAAACUGAGAGCAGAAGGUGCCUUCUGUGGAUUGCUGUACAGCAGGAGUAUUUACAGGGUUAUACUGAAAUAGCUUUACACUCAGCUGCCAACUAGUUUUGUACUUAUACUGCUAUUUGUUUUGUAUUAUAUGAGUGUAAAACCUGGGAGCAAAGCAAGACUGGAGCAGGAGUCUCAGUGAUGGAUGCCCAGUUUUAUAGAUAAGCCUCAGUAGUACUAGGGAAAGUGGGUGCCAACAUACUACCAGGAACAGCAGCUUUCCUGUUUCUGUCUCAUUUUGAGGGACGAGUCUACGGAGUGCAGUGCAGCUAUCCCUCAGGCAGCCAGUAGCACAGUGCUUGAGCUCAUGCAGAGCAAGGCAGCUGUGCCCUCGCUCCAUGCUGACCCAGCUGUGCUCACCCUGGCUCAGGGUGGGGGGAGGGCAGGACUCCAUAUUCCUUUCAGACAUGGCUUUAAAGUGCUCAUGUCACCUAUGCUUUUUUUUUUUUUUUUAGAGCUUCAUCCUUCAGUAUAUUCAGGGAUCUGAAUUUCCCCAUACUUCACAUCUUAAAGUAGCUCCUUCAUAUGAGCAGGUGUAAAAGGUUUAAUUGUUCCUAUUAAAUACAAUGAGAAAUGGAAGUGACUGAUGUGACUUGUUUUGGUGAAGUGCUACAAAUGGUACAGUUAUCUGUACCCCAAUGCUGUAACUUUCAGAGUUUUCAGUUCUUGGGUUUGUCUUUCAAGUUACCUCUUUACAUACAUUUUAACUUUGCCUUCCUCUUUACUACAAGAAAAGGGCAGAAAAAGGGAGUAUGUAUUUCUUAAUGCAAUAAGCCUGCAGUCCUAAAUGCAAAGAAAGAGGAGUAAGCUGUUUAAAUAGAAGGGGUACCAGGGUAAACACCAGCACACAUGCAGAAAUCCUUAACAUUUCUGCAUAUUCAGUAUUUUAAGUAGGUGGAUGUGAAAUAAAAUGCAUAGUUAACUAUGGCUGUUGUAACUCAUCUUUAGACUCGCUCAGCUUCUCUCCCUGAUAGGGUUGUAUUACAGUUUAGCUUCAAGAAGGUAGUUGUAAGACUCCCAUAAUUACUAUGACUUUAACCUCAUACUUAAUCCAACAAGCCCUGUAAAGAAAGCCAGUUGCAAACUUUGGUUAUGCCCCUGGCACACACAGGUUACUGUUUUCUCCUAAAAGUCUCAGGGUUAGGUCUGAAACAAGUUUUUCCUGUAUCAGGCCUUAUUUCACCUCCCAGGAAGCUGCUGCUUGAUUUGAAUGCAGUACAGGCAUGACAAGAUAGGCAGCCAAGCUUGCAACCACCCUCUCAGUUGAAAUCUACCAUCUUUUAUUUAUAAAUUAAAACAAUGGAUUUAAAAAAAAAGCACAAACCACAAAAAACUUGUAAUACAUAUUUCAA